GCGCAUACCUUCAGAGCGAGAACAAAAGGAUUCAGAUUUUUAUUAAUUUUUUUUAUUAAAACUUUAUUUAACCAAAUAAAAACCUGUUGAGAUCAUGACGUCUUUCACAAAGGUGACCUGACCAAGACAGACAGCAGCACGAUAGACAGGACAAGUGGACACAAAAACAAAAUUAUAAGCAUCCAAAGUACAUCUUUCUUCAGUGUAAUAUUGACUAAAAUUAUAAAAUGUUGCACAGUUUCAGAAAUUUCUUAAAACUGAAAGCAAGCAGCACCAUCAUUAUGAAAGCAGUGGCACGCCGUGGUUCACCACUGGCUCACAUUGAUUGCGGUUUAGUUGUAGAUAAAAAGUGGAAAGCAGCGUAAGACUUGGAGCCAUUUUGACUUCACCCAGAGUGGAAGGCGAGAACACCAAGAAGACGUCGACACAACCAGAGCUACCUGGAAUCAACACAGACUUCACACUUUUCAGACACAAUGACGAUCAGCCCAGAGUCCACGACAAGGCUCUUGAAACUGGUGCAACAUGCAGUCAGCAUGUUCCUGCUGGUAGUCCUCUUCUCCAUCCUGCAGUAUGUAUUUGACAUGCACUUCGUUUGCUCCUGCAGGCCUGGUUUACAUGCCAGCGGUUUCUUAUACUUGACUUUGCCUCCCUUGAUCCUAACUUUUGUCGUUAACAUUGUUGAGCCUUUUUACCGCCGAAAACCUUUUUCCAGUCAACGAUUCUUCAAAUUCUAUUGCCCAAGUAGCUGUGGCGGGCACUACAUCAUAAAGUUUGUCAUAAGGUACACCAGUCUCACAGCUCUCUGGAUUUCUCUGGUUUUCUUUGAUGGAGACUGGUACUUCUGCCUGAGGACAAACCUCAACUCAUCUCAGACCGGAAUGCCUUGCAAAACAAAUCUGACCUACGAAGACAAACGCAUCCAGGACUACUACAAGACCGAGUCACUGGACAUUGGCCUUGGCCUGUGCUGCAGUUUUCUCUUUCUCUGGWGCAUCUCAGAAGUUUGGAGAGCCUGCAAAUCGGGGUACAUAUGUGGAGCUCCCUACUACAGCGUGGUGUAUGACAACCUGCUGGCGGAGGAAGUCGGCAACCAUUUGAAUGAGCAGCUACAAGAAAUAGCAAAAGGGAAAGCAGAAAAACUCUGUAAGAACUACAUUGAAAGCAUCAGGCACCAUCAGAAUCAACAAGCCGGUCAGAAUGUCAUUGACAUUUCUGAAGUCUGGGAAAAAGUCUCAGCAUCGUCCUUUUACAUGACAGAAGUUGAAAGAGAAAAAACCGGAGACAACAACCAUUAACAAGAACAAACAGAAUAGACACCAUCUUUUUUUAGCAACAACAUUAUAUCAUGCAGAAGGACAGGACUGCUCUGAUUCUGUUAUUUUAACUUUCAUAUGUAAACAGAUGUUAACUAUUACUUUUUUUUUUCAUUAAAAUGUCCUAAUGUCAUUUCUACGAGAAAGUCAAAAGUUUACGAGAAAAAAAACAGAAAUGUUGACAUUAAUUUCAAGAAGUUUUU